AUGACGAUUCACUACGACGGAUACCUGCUGAAGACUCCAGGAUGUUCGCUGCCCCUCUACAAUCCUUACCAUUGGAUAAUCAGGCGAUAUUUCGCAGAGAACGCCACGUACGAAGCCCUCUGCGCCAGUCGCAACCUCACCGUCUUCGUUCAGGACUUCAACAGGUUUACGAUAGACAGUGACGCCCUUCGACGCGGUUACAACGUCUCGGACCGGGAUAUCUACUGCUACUACCGAGAAGUAUUCAGAGACAACAACGCGAGUGUUCCCGACACAUCGAUCGUGUUCGGUCCGCCUGUGCUGCUCACUAACGGAAGUACAGUCGAAGCUGAGUACGUGCAGAUCUCUUGCAAGACGAACGGGAGCCUACUUUUUGAAGACUACUUUUUCGUACCUCAACCAAAGAAGCGUCUCCACGAGUCCUUGACUGGUCCCGCGUGGAACGAGACAGCUCUUUCACGCAAAACGAAUUCGACGAGCAUCCUCAUACUUGGCUUAGACUCGACCUCGCGAAUGAACUUCCACCGCCACAUGAAACGAACGCGCAAGUUCCUGAAACAAGAUUUGUCCGCGUUCGAAUUUAUCGCGUUCAACAAGGUCGGAGACGCUUCCUUCGCAAACCUGAUUCCUUUACUCACCGGGCUGGCCGGACAUGACGCAGAGAGUCUUAUCGCUCGUUCCCAGAUGGUCGAGGUGCUUCCCUUUGUCUGGAACUUGUACAAGAGCAGAGGUUACGCAACGGCGUAUGUCGAGGAAAUGCCUCAUUACGGCCUCUUCACAUAUCCGAACUUCACUGGCUUCGCACGCGCGCCUGCUGAAUACUACCCUGUGUCCAUCCUACGGCUGAUGGACGAGACGCACUUCGAUGAGCGCUACUGCGUAGGUUCCCGACUAAAGACGAAGGCGCUCGUUGAUUACGUCGGUCAGGUGCUAAAGAUCAAUCGGCACGAGCCCAUGUUUUCAUUCGUGUGGCUUAGCUAUCUCACUCACAAUCACGUGAACGGGCUGCAGAUUAUGGACGGAAUGCUGGAGGACUUUAUCCGAGAACUUUCCGAGCACGCCGUGCUCGAGAAUACGGCCCUGUUCUUCAUUGGCGACCACGGCCCUCGCAUAGGUCCGUUCAGGAUAGGCGAAAUAGGUCGCUACGAAGACAAGAACCCGGUAUGUUUCCUGGCGCUUCCCAAACGCUUCCUGGCUGAACACCCCGAAGCCGCUGUGCAACUGGAGGUCAAUCAGCGUCGUCUGGUCACACAUUACGACUUGCACGCCACUCUGGUGGCGUUGUCCAGUCUUCCCGCUCUCGGAAAAGGUUCUACAAACAUGGGACUGAGCCUCAUGGACAGAAUACCACCCGAGAGAACGUGCGCGGACGCCUUUGUGCCGUCGGAAUUCUGCGCGUGUUUCGGCGAUCGCGUCAAUCUAGAAGGCAACAGGGUGGCCACGUCUUUUGCCCGCUAUGCCGUGUCUUACAUCAACGCCCUCGCGGAGCUGCACUUUCCUGGACGGUGCAUAUUGUGGGAGCUCGACACCGUCCAAGAAUCUUCGGUUCUCGGAGGUCGCGUCGCCGGCAAGGUGCUGCUUCGCGUCGUGAUAACCACGAGACCGACUGCCCACUUCGAGGUGUACGGAGAACUGCGCGGAGAGUCGCCCUCGCAGGAGAACCACGUGAAUUUUCUCCACAGGCUGGAUUGGUAUAGCAACGAGACCCAGUGCUUGCCGGAGAGCAGGUGGCAGAAAAUUUGCGCGUGCAGGCCUCAUAUUUAG